AUGGAAGGUCUCCAAGAUAAACUGAGCAAUUUUGAUUACUGGACGUCAAUUGUUCCUAGCGCCUACGAUAUCACGGCUUACGACCUUUCUUCAUGCAAGGCGCGCAUCACCAACAAACAAACUUGCCAUAAAUGCCUGUCUAAUGAUAUAUCUUUACUGAUAAAAACGUUUCCUGAUGAUAAGGAUAAGACAAAGAGUUUGAAGAGAAUGGAGAAGAAACUGAAGAAUAUCGGCAACGACAAGAUAAACAAGGAGUUCUGGAAAACAACGGCAGCAAAACUUUACAGUGAGCAUUUAAAGAGAGAAGCAAUUCAGGCUGAAACAGAGAAUACAACAAGAAAAGUAAUCAACAAGACAGCAGUGGACGUCUUUGGCUUGGCUCGAAAUCCAGACGUUGGAUCAAAGAGAAAGCUCGAGCAAAGCCAUCGUGAUGAAGACCAAUUGCCAAAGAGAUCAACACGUUCCAAGGCUAAAUUAGACGAAAUGGAAGAAGCAGAUAAUAUCAAAAUUGGAGAUGGACCUUCCGUUGGUACAAUAAUAAAGAGGGAAGCAAUCAAGCUUUUCAAGAAAGGCACGCCCACAGACUCGCGCAAAUAUAAAAUAAUGACGAAUGGGCUCUCUAGCAUCUUGGACGUAGCGGAUAUCACAGAGACAUCACAAAAAGCAUUAUUCGAUCAUUCAGUUUGGUGUAAACUUGAAUCCAUGUACACCCAAAAGUACAGCGUUUCCCUCAUUGAAGUGCCUGGUAUUGUGUUGUCUACUUGGAGAAUUGUUUGUGCGCUGAUAAAAAAGUCAAGAGAUACUGAAGCUGGACUCAAGUAUCUUUACCAAAUUUACCCAAAGCAUAUGAAGAAGCCAUAUUUCUAUCUGCUGAAGAUUUGUGAACACAUGUUGGAAUUGGUUGAUGCCCGUGCUGACAUGCUACUGGGAAAGAAUGAUUACUCUGAAAAUGAUUAUCUGUCGUUUAUCUGGUCUCGUUUCUUCAACCUUCUCUUCCCAAGCAAGGAGAAAAUCAAAAUCAAAACAGGAGAAACCACUUCUGACUACACCGCAUGGAACAAAUCUCAAUUGUAUACGGGCUCAUCCAACAUAGUCGGUUUUAAAAUAGACAUUCGGUUCCUGGUCAAGCAUAGCAAUAUCGACAUUGACUUGUGCGCUGCGGAAUUGGCCAGAAAUGAUGGUGACGAAAAGAUCAUAGAUGAUGAAGGUAAACUCAACAGAGAGGCCAAGGACAUCUUGGAUAAUUUGGUCACAAUCAUCCCACAAUCAAAGUCAACUGUCAGCUCUGGUUGGACGUUUCAAAUUGGAGGCUCCUCGUGCUUUGUCAGUUCGAUUCAUCUUGAUGCCAACGGCUUGUACGUGGUUGUUCCUCAAUACCAAUUUGUGUUACCAGCAUCAUUGUCUGAAUUGGACCUUUUUCCGGACAUCUUGGCCAAGCUAUUGACAUUUCGUCAGUCUAUGUAUUCCAUUGCUGAUGUCGUCCAAGAGACAUUGAAUCAAAAGCAUUCUGUGGGCACUGCUUUGGGUAGAGCUGGAACCAAUGAGGAAAUAGACCCCAGAAUUUGUUGGAUCAGAGACUCAUACUAUACACCCCCAAGAAACACUGCUCCUAUUAUGCCUACUUGCAUUUUCGGUGUCGCUCCUCCCCCAUCAUCUAUCCUAGACAGGUUGCUCUCCGUGUCGUACGAAGAACGUAAAGCAAAUGACUCGACGUACAAAGGCUGCAAAUUUGAUGAAAACGGUUGGACAUUUUAUCAAGGUCAUUGGUACAACAGCAUUACAGAAGAGCGUGUAACGUCAUCUCCCUAUAAUGACAGCGACAAUGAGAGCGAAUUCAAUAUUGACGAAUCCAAUGUUGAUAAAAGCAAAUCAAGCAUUAUCGACAGCGCCUCUGACUGA